GGUGGUGUGUGCACACCUGAUUUGGAAUGGAGGUGAACACCACCUCGCAGAACGACAGUUCCAAGAAAAUGACGUCCCGGGACCGUGUGCCUCUCUCCAAGUCACGGGCAGAGAAGUCACGCCCCCCCACAGUACCCAUCCCUCAAGUGGAUAUCGUCCCAGGGCGCCUCUCUGAGUCAGAAUGGAUCUCCCUGGUCACCAUGGAGGAAGGAGAGGAUGGAGUGGGAGAUAUCCUGGAAGGGAUGAUAAACCAAGUGAUGGACGAGUGCUAUAAAGUGUACCUGGCUCGGCAGUGCAUCCCGUUCACCAUCAGCCAGGCACGGGAUGCCAUCCUGCAGAUUGCCGAAUGGCGCUUCCUGGUGCGGGAUGAGGGGGAGGCCACCGUGGAAGAAGAUGCCACCUGGCAGGAGGAGGAAGAGCCAGUGGCCUGUGUCACAGACUCAUGGGCACAGGGCUCAGUCCCCGUCAUGCGAACCAGUCUGACCCUGUUCCCGCAGGAGAGAGAGGUGUCUUUGGACAAACUCCCUGAGGAAACAGUUUCCCAUGAGGAGACGCGGCCCUCCACAGGAUCCCCCGAGGUGCCAGCAACCCCACACUCAGAACAGCCUUCUCAAGAGAGGGGGAUCAAGUCUGCAAAGUCAUCCAAGCCCCAGAAUCUGCUUCCCCAGCCGGCCCCGCCCCCUCCGCCCAAGACUAGAAAAGCAUACAGGGCCCAUCGAGGGCUGCUGCGUUCAGCCAGCCUGAAGAGCAUGGCCAGGCCCCUACAGGAGACCGAGAAGGAGCUGCUCCGGCAGCAGCUCUCACAGACCCUGCCUGAGGAAUCACCGCAGGAGGAUCUUGGCAGCCUUCACCAGCUCCUGCCCAUGUCAUGCAGCAACCUGCUGAAGAUCCAGAUGGGCAGGCCCCCCAACAUCAAGGGUGUCACGUACGAUGAGUUUGGUACAGUCAUCACCAUGCCCAAGCUGGACCCAGCCCGUCUACCCAAGUGCUGGAUCAAGCCUCAGGUGGAGGUGCUGGAUCCAGAUGUUGAGGCCAAGCGGCAGGAAGUUCUCAAAACCAUCUCAGGGCGUGGCCAGAGGAGUACAAAGCCCCACAGCCGUGCAGCCCAAGGGCCAGGGCUAGGAGAGCUCAUUAGUGCUAAGCUGCUCCAGGACACGGGGCCCAUGCUGAGUGGUGGGCUAGCACAGGCUUUCUGUCCAAGCCACGCAGACAAGAGAGCACAGCAUUUGCCUUCCACAGGGAAAAGCCUUGAACGCAGCAGCCAUGUCUCCUGGAAACCCAGCAACCUGCUGGACUCCAUUGAGCUGGCCCCAGGAGUGGCAAUCAGGGACAGCAGCAGUGUGAAGUGUGGGCCCCAUCAUGGGGCACUCUAUGAAGAGGGAGGGGAAGGGGUCUUCCAAGGAAAGCUCAGGCCCAUCCGCCCCAGAGUGCCACUGCCUGCAAUUGCUGUGGAGCAGCUCAUCCGUGAUCACACGCCUCAGGUCCGGCCAAUGGCUCUGCUCAGAUCGCUCCUGUCAUCGGGGCCAGAGCACUUGUAAGUGGAGCAUGCUCUCUGUCCUCCCCUCUGGGACCGGGCUGAUGUGCCAUACCAUCGCACGGCCUGAUACCAAACCCAGCCUCUCCAGCCAGCAUGGUGUGCAGGGGCGGCUCGCUGCUUGGCUGUGGUAACCAGCUGGUGCGUAUGAUGAGGGAUCUGCCUGCGCUGACCUCUCGUCUUCCCCGGCUCUUGGUAACAAUAAAGCCCGAGCACCCACAGCACGACUCACUUGCCUGCUUUGGUUCCAUCUCCCUGCACACCAGCCUCUCUGACCCAGGAGACCCUGCAGUGUCAGUGGGACAGCUUGGGCCCCAAGGCUACAUGACCCCUGGAUUCUGUUAACUUACCUGCUGUAACCUCGCCCAGCUGCAGCAGGGGUGGUUGCUUAAUGAAAUGUUCCUCCCCUCUCUUUUCUCAGAGGGUCUCCCUAGACCAGUUAACAU